GACGAAGGCAAAACGGCAAGUGCGCGCACGUUUGACGGUCAACAACAACAACAGCAGCAGCUAGCAGUGUACAUGUGUGAGUGCAAACAAAAAUUGUUGAAAUAAAAACAAACGGCGUACGAAAAAGUGCAAAAUUUAUGCGUGCAUUGAACUCACAUGAAACUCGAUACGACAGGCAACCCGACAGUUCUUCCGGCUCGCAAAACAUAGAACUGUGUCCACUCAAGUGGUAAAUUGUAUUGAACGGCCACACAACGCCAGGCCAGCUCGACAACAAACUAGAUUCAUGUGUUUACUGCCAAUAUCGACGCAAAGCAAUAUGCCCAACUAGGCGUAUCAGUUCGUGAUCAACUCGAUUCAAAUCGGAAGCCACUCACGCAGCCAGUGCUACAUGACAAAAUGAAUACAAUAAUAAUGACAUUAAAAUGGCGACAAAAAUACAAAAGCAGAAAACGGCCAAAGAAACUGAAACAACGAAUCAACAGAGCAACAACAACAGCAACAAGCACUGCCUAUGAAACAGCAAUAACAGCCAAACAAGAAGAGGAGAGCCAUUUAAAACGACUGAACGGCCAAUGGCAGCCAAAUGAGCGACAGCAAACAUACGGCAACAAAAUGUUGCAAGCAGCAGCAACAGCCGCAGCAACAACAAUAAAAACAACACAAUGUCAUGCAAUUAAAGCGAAGUCUGCAACACGUGCAAUGGCAACAACAACAAUAGCAACAAAGACGGCGACAAUAACUCUCGAAGCCCAUCGGAGUUGUCACAAACGCUCAACUGUGCAACAACAGCAACAGCAAGAACAACAACAACAACGACGACAUCUAUUUCCGUCGCCGCUGCUGCUGCUCCCCCUCUGCCUGUGUCUCUGUCUCUGUCUGACAGCUGUCGAUGCACAGGCAGCCAACUCCCCCACUUCCAACUCCGCCUCCGCCUCCGCCCCAGCUUCAUCCUCUAUUGCUGAUCUGCCCGAUAAUCCUGAACCUGCCACAUUGCCAGUUGUGGCAGCUGCUUCAACCUCAUCACAGGCCACUGCCAAAUCUGCCAAUUUGCAAUUGGCUCCCCCACCCUGCUCCCUAUCCGAAUACAGUUGCAACAACGGCCGUUGCGUGCCAUUGAGUAAAUUUUGCAACAACAACAACGACUGUGGCGAUGGCAGCGAUGAGCCGCGAUUUUGUACACGCUGUAAUCGCACCUACUAUGGCGACAUCGGGCAGACUUACGCCCUGGAGUUGCAUCGACCCAAGCAGGAUCGGGUGCCCUUUGUGUGCGUGCUCACAUUUACGGCAGCGGGUGGCCAACAUGGCGAUGUUGUGCAGGUCACAUUGGAUAGCUUUACGAUUGGGCGUUUCACAUCCUAUGUGCAUGACGGCUGCCCAGAUGGCUAUAUGCAAAUAGCGGAGUCGGCACGCACACCCAUCGGUGGAAUGUGGUGUGGCACAUCGUGGGGACCAGUCUUGUUUUAUAGCGAGACACGCUCAUUGAUAUUUACAAUCAAAUUGAAUAGGUUGGCACGGGAUCAAAGCGGUUACAAUUUCGACUUUCGCAUUAGAUAUAAGGUGCUAUCGAGGGACAGCUCGGUAACCCGCUACGGUGGCAUUAAGGUCUCAGAACUGCAGCAGUGGCACAAUCGCAGCAGCUUUCUCCAUCAAAACGCCAUCGAGGAUUUUACAAACUCCAGCGGUGCACGUUCGGAUCGCUACGGUCAGGAUUUUAGUUUGUUUAGCGCCUAUGCAAAUAACAAGACUUUUAUGGAAUCGCUGGAAAAACCACUGGCCAAGGACGAGCACAAUUACACCGAGCCCAAAUAUUACCUAGGUGACCUCAUUCCGGGCACAUAUUGUUCGCGCAUCUUCAGCGAUUGUGACAAAAAGGCCUGUCGCCUGCAGUCGCCCAAUUAUCCGGGCAUCUAUCCCCGCAACCUUACCUGCUACUAUGCGGUGCGCCAGCACGAUGUACCCCAUGGCAAACAUGCGCUGAUUCUAGUUAAACAGCCCAAGGGUAAUCUGGUCUGGAUUUCCACACAGGAAACGGCCGGCAACAAGCUGGCGCCGAGCACGAGUGAGAAGGACAAGAAAUUCGAGCCAAAGCUAAAAACAUGGAAUGACUGCGAUUACAUUCAGGAAAAUGUAAAACCCAAAUGGAAAUCAACGGACUACGUGACCGUAUACGAUGGCUAUACGACGCGGGAUCCCAUCAUUUUAAAGUUUUGUGGCGGCGGUCAGGCCGUCCCCGCCGCCGUGUCUAGCGGCCCAGAGCUCUUGGUUGAGUUCAACACGUCACCGUUUGGCACCUUCACGGGCACAUCGUCGCAGGUGUUGCCUCUGUAUGGCUUUCAGUUGGAGGUCGAAGUGCAAUUUGUGGACAUACAGAGUCCCACGUACUCCAAAAAUAAAAAACCUUGUGAGUUUUGGAUACGUGGAGCUGGUCGCGGUAUCCUUGAGAAUCCGAAGCAUUCGCUGGCACCCAACUCCACCUGUUUGUAUCAUUUGCAAGGGAUUGGCGUUUUUAAGACCUUCGAUCACUUGAGUUUGUCGCGUCGCACAAACAGCCAAUCGGGUGGUCUUCACCAGCCACUGUCACGCUUUAAGGUGUGGAUUUCGAUGCUUAAGUUCAAUCUAGAUCCCGAGUUCGGUCAGAUCGAUGAGACGUCAGUGGGUGCAAUAGGCGUGCUGCAAACUCAAGAGGAUUGCAGCGGCAUGCUUCGCAUUUGGGAUGGAGCGCUGCGAGAGCCACCUGUUUGCAAGGAUCUCAACUGUGCCUCUGAGUCCACAACCUACACUGCCUUGGGUCAUUAUGCACAAAACAGCACGAAUGUUAUUGCGCGCUUUUGUCGUGGCACGAUUCCACGAACAUGCGACAGAUCCAAUAUAAAUGAGACCUAUGCCAGACCCUGUACAAUAUCGGAGAGUUAUGUAUCUACAAGCGAUGCCAUAACGCUGGAGUUACGCAACACAGAAUCUACAGUGCUGAGACCACUAGAUUUUAAGCUGAAGUACGAGUUCAUUGAUCUGCACCAGGAUGGUUUGCCUCUGGGCGGAGGGGAACAUGACUGUAAUCGCAAAUUUCUCAGUAGCCUGAUGGAUCGCAAGGACCCGGCAAUCUUUCGCAGUGUGCGGAACAUCUUCCUCUUUGGACGUGGCGGAACGCGGCACCUGAAAUGCGUCUACAAAUUUGAGGCACAGCGCGGCGAACGCGUGCGUUUAAAACUCCGCAAAGUAACCACCGCUAAUCGUCCUUGCUAUUCGCGGGUGGAUGAGGAUAUCAAUCGUUCGUUUUGCUACGGCGACUCAAACGUCCGCAUCGAGAUAUUUGAACGUCCCUAUCAUGACUCCAUUUUGCUGCAUCGUGGCUGCCUGUGCAACUCCUCAAACCAAUCUCAUUUGCCCGUUGAAUACACCUCCACUAGUCGGGAUGUGGAAGUGCAUUUUAUAGCACAGAAUAUGACCACGCUGGACGAUCCAGACACGGUCAAUUUUGAGGGCAUGUUUGAGUUUGUGAAGGCUCCGACGAGCUGCAAGGAUGGGCGUCGCAAAUUCGGACCCAGCGGCACCAUAGAUAUGACCUUCGGCGAUAUUGAGUGUCGGUCACGUCCUUGGCUGAUAGAGCCCUCUAAUGGCAAUAAAUUUCUGUAUGUGCGUCUUAAGGCCAUUUUCCUGAGCAAAUACAAUCCGAAAAAGACGCUGAAUACCACAUUCCUGCAGCAGGACAAUGCCUGGCGUUGUGAGACCAAAUCGCGUGCCGUACUCACCACAGCUGAGGGACUUUCCAUCACGGCCUGCCCGCUGAGCCCCGAUUCGAAUGCCUAUGAAUUUGUGGAGAUCUUUAGCGCUGGCUGGAACGAACGCCCAAAUUUUGCGCUUGUCAAUCGCUCCAAAGCCAUCAGCAUCGAGUUUCUGCGUCCGGGCAAUGGUGAGUUUACCUUCAAUUGGAUGGAACUGGCACCCAGACCUACGCUCAGCAUAGCAGAGGACUGUCAGUUCAAGUGCGCCGAACUGGGCGCCUGUGUCAAUGCGAGCGUUUGGUGCGAUGGCGUCGUACAUUGCCCCUCCGGCGAUGAUGAGGCGUUCCUGCAGUGCUCAGCGCUCAUGAAGCUGCCUGCCGAGAUUUUAGCCUCGCUCUGCCUCAUCUUUGUGCUCUCGUGUUGUGCAUUUGCCGCAUUUGCUUACAAAAAAAUCAAGCGAAAGCUACGCGGCUCCUCAGUACUGCAAACGCGGCUCAAAUCGCUGAGUUCGAUGGAUACGGCUGUGUUGGAUGAAAAGGAGAAAAAACUCGUCGUUGAGACCAAGGCUUGAGAGCAACUGAGCGCAACAGAACGACAACAACAAGGCUAAGGCUACAAUUCAAUUGAAAUGUUAUAUUUAUUUUUUAAAGAACUGUAAAUAUAUGAUGUGAACAAAAAAUUGAAAAUGUAUAAAUUUAAUAAAAUUGAACGCUGCGCGUUUUAUUUCCGAA